ACAAGCUGUGAUCCACUGUUUAGCGGUGGUUUGGGACAUAGCUAACACUAACGUGCUAGUUCUCUUACGAAGGUUUCGGCUAAGCUGUAAUGGCUUUUUGCACUUCUGAAUACUUCGAGACUGUUGGUUCUAUUCAGAAGAGUAUACACGAAAGGGAAAAAAGAAGGCAUGAGUUGGAGGAAGCGUUGUUCACCUACUCAAGAUCGGAAGAAAGACUGGCCAGGCUGAAAUGCACUAAGAUACGGCACUAUCAUAAGGAGCUGUGUAAGAGAGAGCAGCAAGCAAAGACUCGUAACCUUGAGCUUCUAAGAACGGCUGAGAGCCUGGUAUUAAAAGCAAAGGAAUUAUCUGUAGACUACACUGUACUGCACCACUUGAAGCAGGAAUAUAAUAAUCAUACUGCAAGACUUCUGAAGGCAGGGAAGACGUUGGAAUGUGGAAGAAGACUUGAAGCAAAAACGGAACAAAGCAGGUCUUUUCCUGUCAGUGAUGGACAAACGUCGUCUCAACCUGCUAUCUCCUUAAUAGGUUGGCAACCCCUCAAAGACACUUUGUUGGAGGAUGGCAGUAUGAGCGCACAUUCUCUGAUCGAUUCAAAACCUAAUCACCCUGCGUUUUCCUUGCUACAUAACAGCCCUUUGAUGACCGCGCCAGUUUCAAAAGCCAGAGGCACCAAAUCUUUAUCUGAUGACAUUCUAAACUCCAGUGAUGUCCCUGAAAGGAAGCCAGUGUUUGAUUGUAACUCAUUUGAGAAAGAAGUAGAGCUGUGUGGGUCAGAACAGCUGGCUUCUUCUCACGUGACCUUUAAGGCAUCUGGAGUGUGCUCUCAUCACAGAAUUGUGAGCAGGCCGGCGAGCAGUAUGUCAAUACAGCACCAUUCUAUCCAAAGUACUUCCCCAGACACCACUUAUCCAACAAGCAGGAUCUCUAGAGAGCAGGCAGAACCUGAGUCUGCACAACAUCAUCACACACCCAUUGCAGAUCAGAAUAAAAGCAGAAGCUUCAGUACUGGUAGUGCAGAAGACAGUCCUGAACUUUCACAAAUUUUACUAAACUCCAGCAGAGAUGGGUUCGUUUCACAUAAUGAUGGCUUCCAUGGGCGGCAUAACACUAUGAAGAGUGGCACACCCAGUCAUGAGAGAGAAAAGUCCAAAAUUGGAAUAGUGACUGGAGAACUUCUUUUCCCAAAGCCAGAACAUAGGCUUUCGAUAGAGGAUUUUUUUUAUCUACUGGACAGCAUUGAGGAGCGACUCCCUGCGAGAGACACCGAGGUGUACAGCAGCUCUGCAGUCAGCGAACAGAAGCUCAGGGAGAUUAUUAGCCUGUGUAGUCAGCGUGGAGAGUUGAACGGAGAGGAGCUAAAUAUGUGUGGAGCUGUGGUACUGCGGCAGCUGCCUUGGUUAUUAUGGAACUCCCCACAUGGCUGCCUGCUACACGGUGACCUGGUCAACACACACUGGUCCACUGCAGAAGAUCCAGCACACAUCAGGUCGUGUCUGUCUGGCGAUAGUGUUGUUCUGUGGGAGCGCUGGUUCACACACGCCCUUCAGCUGCUGCAGCAGGAGGUUCUUUCCCUCAACAGCAUCGUGCAGCUCUUCACUCCGCUCCUAGUGCACUACAGUGCCUCCUACGCAGAACAGGCCGAAGUGCUGCUGAAGAGGCUUUUGACCCAUGCGGCUGAGACUCAUCACUCAGCAGAGAGUGAGGACUCCUCAUCCUGCAGCUUACCCUCGCUUUUAAAUGACAGCGCGGAGAUCAAACUGGCCAGACCCUCCAAGAAAUCCAUCGUCUCCACUAGAGAACAAAGUGAUGAAGAGGACAGUACCAAUCAAAGCCAUGUGGAAAGUAUUCCUAUUAGAGAGACAAAGGCAUAUCAGCUGCUUAAACAAUCGGUCACACAAGAGAAUCAGUGGCAGAACGCACAGAAGGAGGAGGAUGGUUCUGACUUGGAGCAAUCGGGUUUAUCAGAUAAUGAAAAAAACAGGAGCAGCAAGCGGCUCAUUCAAGACACGCGGAUUGAUUCAAAGGAGAAAACCCAAGCUUUCUCUGCUGUUCAGUCUAAAGAUCUCAACAUGUUGCAAGCAUCUCAACAAAUUUUAGCAUCAGAUCUGGAGUGGAAUGUUGUGAGUCAACUCCUGUGAAAAGCUGGUACACAAUGGCCUCUCUGGAUGCUGCUGAAAUACCUUUGAACUCACUCAAGUACCUAUGGCCCAUUUAGAAGGACAAAAUGUGCUGCACUCAUCUGAAUAUAGUAACAAAUGCUCUCUAUAUUUGCACUGCCACAAGAACAAAAUCGGAUGGCUUAAUAUGACG